CUUGAUACGAACCAAACAGCUUCCUUAUAUAUUUUCUGUGCUGGCUUCACUUCCUACUUCCUGCUUUUCAUAUUAUUUCCUAGCAAAUUUUCAUAUAGAUUUCACUAAAGCAUAAUAUUUCAUAUCCGAACGAUGGAGCAACACGCCAACCCAUCGUCCAUGUCGUCUGGCGCGUCAUCCACUGGUGACGAUAGGCAGAUGAGCACAGAGACGAUAGGCCAGAAGGAGCGGAGAAACACAAUGGACGCCGAGGCCGAUAUUUCGUUUGGAGAGCCCCUGCAUGUCAGCGUGACCCGCGCCACAUCGCGCUUCAAGUCGAUCCAGCGCACCUUCAGCAAGUCGAAGAGCGUGGCCGACGAGGAGGAGCUCACAGGCGUUGCCGAGGCCGGCAACCCGGGCGGCUUCGACCUGACGACCUGGCUCUCGGGCCGCCAGCAGCUGCAGGGCCCGCCGUUUGCCAAGCGCAUUGGCCUUGUGUUUGACGAUCUCGAUGUCUAUGGCGACAAUGUCGCGAACCGCCACAUUGAGACCAUGAUCACGCCGUUCUACAAGAUCGUCAAGAGCGCUGCCCACGGCUUUGGCGUCGCCAAGCUGUUCAACCGCGGCAACGAUAACAAGAAGCUGCUGAACAAGAUGACCGGUCUCGUCGAGGAUGGCGAGAUGCUGCUGGUUCUUGGCCAGCCCGGUGCCGGCUGCUCGACGCUGCUGCGCGUGCUGGGCAACCGCCGCGGCACCUACCGCAAGAUUGAGGGCAAUGUCUCUUAUGGUGGCCUGACGCCCGAGGAGGUCGAGAAGCGCUACCGUGGCGAGGUCGCCUACAACCAGGAGGACGACGUGCACUUCCCCACCCUGACUGUGCGCAAGACCCUGGACUUUGCCAUCAAGUGCAAAACGCCCAGCAAGCGCAUGCUUGCUGACCGCGAGGGCUACGAGAAGGAGUUCCUGGACACCCUGCUUGACAUGUACGGUCUGUCGGGAUGCGCCGACACCAUUGUCGGUAACGCCUUCCUGCGCGGUGUGUCUGGUGGCGAGCGCAAGCGUGUCUCGAUCGCCGAGCAGGUCGCCUCUGGCGCCUCGAUUGAUAUCUGGGACGGCUCCACCCGUGGUCUCGAUUCGAGCUCCGCGCUCGACUACGUGCGCUCGCUGCGCAUCACCACCGAUGUCCUGCAAAAGUCGACUAUCGUCACCAUCUACCAGGCUUCGGAGAACAUCUACGAGCUCUUCGACAAGGUCAUGGUCGUCGACCAGGGCCGCGAGCUGUACUUUGGUCCGGCCAACAGGGCCGUCGAGUACUUUGCCUCGAUCGGUAUCUACAAGCCGCCUCGCCAGACCACGUCGGAUUUCCUGACCGGUGUCACCCAGCUGCACGAGCGCACGGUUCUGCCUGGCUGGGAGGACAAGGCGCCCAAGACUGCCGAGGACUUUGAGCGCUGCUGGGUCGAGUCGCAGCAGUACCACAAGCUCAAGAGCGACAUCCAGGCCUUCGAGCAGCGCAUCGAGACUGACAACCGUAGCGCAGAGAUCCGCGAUUUCGUUGACCAGACCAAGAUGGGCACCGAGAAGAGCAAGCUGCGUCGCAAGUCGCCGUACACGACCACCUUCACCUACCAGCUCGGCAAGCUGUUUAAGCGCGAGUGGGAGAUCAUGAUGGGCAGCAUUGGCCAGCAGAUCUUCAAAAUCGCUUACAACGCUGCGUUUGCCAUCAUUGUCGGUACCCUGUUCCUUAACCUGCCCGAGACGACCAUGGGUGCCUUUACCCGUGGUGGUGUUUUGUUCUUCGCUCUUCUGUUCAACUCUCUGUCCGCCCAGGCCGAGCUCCCCAAGGCCAUCACUGGCCGAGAGGUCGUCUACAAGCACAAGUCGUUCGCCAUGUACCACCCUGCUGCGUUGUCGCUGGCCCAGACCGUCGUCGACAUUCCAAUCAUCAUACUGCAGAUUGUAGUUUUCAGCUGCAUCCUGUACUUUGCCACUGGUCUGUCGCGCACCGCCGGCCAGUUCUUCGCCUUCGUCCUGUUCCUGUUUGUUGGAUGCCUUUGCCUGACCGCCUUCUUCCGUCUGAUUGGUAACGUCUCGCCCAACGUCGACAUCUCCCACACGCUGUCCGGUAUCUCGCUGCUCUUCAUGAUCCUGCACAUGGGCUACAUUAUCCCGCAAAAGUCGAUGCACGGCUACCUUGUCUGGGUGUACUGGGCAAACAGCCUUGCGUAUGGCUACAAGGCGCUCAUGGCCAACGAGUUCCGCAACCUCAAGCUCAUGUGCGGCGGUCCCCAGCUCAUCCCGCAGGUCCCUGGUUACGGAAUCGAGAACCAGGUGUGCACGCUCCAGGGCGCUGUGCCUGGCCAGAACUACGUCCUUGGCCGCGACCACAUCGAGGUUGGCUACUCGUUCUAUGUCGAUGAUAUGUGGAAGGACUUUGGCGCUGUUGUCGGCUUCUGGCUCCUCUACGUUAUCCUGAUCGCCCUGGUCAUGGAGUACGUCGAGUUUGGAAACACCGGCUACUCGAUCAACGUCUACAAGCGCUACCGCCCCAAGGUCAACCUGUACACCGAGAAUGACGCUUCCAGCGACAAGGGUGCUGAGGAGUUCGGCAAGGUCUCGUCCAGCGGCCCCACUGACGAGCAGAUCCUGAAGGGCACUGCCUUCACCUGGAAGAGCAUCAGCUACACGGUUCCGGUCAAGGGCGGCGACAAGCAGCUGCUGGAUGAUGUCUCUGGCUAUAUCAAGCCUGGAACCAUGACUGCGCUCAUGGGCUCGUCUGGCGCUGGUAAGACCACCCUGCUUGAUUCGCUGUCGCAGCGCAAGACCAUCGGCAAGCUUGAGGGCGACAUUCUGAUGAACGGCGCGCCGCAGCCUGCCAGCUUCCGUCGCAUCACUGGCUACUGUGAGCAGCUUGACGUGCACAACCCGCAUGCGACCGUGCGCGAGGCUCUGCGCUUCUCGGCCUACCUGCGCCAGCCCGCCUCGGUGUCCGAUGAGGAGAAGAACGACUACGUCGAGCAUGUCAUCUUCCUGCUUGGCAUGACUGACAUCGCUGACUGCAUGAUCGGUCUGCCCGAGAGCGGCGAGGGUAUCUCGCUUGAGGAGCGCAAGCGCCUGACCAUCGGUGUUGAGCUGGUGGCUAAGCCCAAGAUUCUGUUCCUCGACGAGCCCACCUCGGGCCUCGAUGCCCAGGCCUCGUUCACCAUCGUCACUUUCCUGCGCCGCCUUGCUGCCGAGGGCCAGACCAUCCUCUGCACCAUCCACCAGCCGUCGUCGAUGCUGUUCGAGCAGUUUGACCGCCUGCUGCUGCUUGUGCGCGGUGGCCACACCGUGUACUUUGGCGACAUCGGCCAUGAUGCCCAGACCCUGAUCAACUACUUUGAGAAGAACGGCGGACCCCAGUGCCCGCCGUCGGCCAACCCCGCCGAGUACAUUCUCGACGUCGUCGGCAGCCGCAACGCGACUGUUGACUGGCCGCAGACCUGGAACCAGUCGAAGGAGAAGACCAGCAUUCUGGCUGAGAUUGACCGCAUCAACGAGCUCGAGCACCUGCACGGCAACGACCAGGUUAGCGAGGACGACAAGAACAUGUUUGCUCGCGACUACUCGUACCAGAUCAAGCUUGUCACCAAGCGCAUGUUCCGCACCUACUGGCGUGACCUCGAGUACAGCCUGACGCGUGUUGCUCUGCAGGUUGUCAGUGCCAUUGUCAUCGGUAUCGCCUUCCUCCGCCUCUCGUCCAGCGCCACUGAUCUUCAGAACAAGGUCUUUGCCCUGUUCCAGACCGCGAUUAUCUCGAUUCUGAUCAUCAACCAGGUCCAGCCGGCCUUCCUGCGCCAGCGCCUGUACUAUGGCCGUGAGGCGUCGUCCAACCAGUACGGCUGGCGCGCGUUCUCUGUCGCGAUCAUCGUCACCGAAUGGCCGUUCUCGGUCUUUGCCAACACGAUGUACUUUGUGAUCAUGUACAUUGUGCUCGGCAUCUUCUCGAUCACCCUCGGCCAGGCAAUCGCCUCGUUCUCGCCGAACGACAUCAUUGCAGCCAUGCUCAACCCGAUCUUCACCUCGAUGGUCAUCCUGUUCUGUGGUGUCACAAUCCCGUACCCCCUCAUGCCCAAGUUCUGGAAGUUCAUGUACAGGCUGUCGCCGUUCACGUACUUCCUUGAGGGCACUCUGACCAACGACCUGCAUGGCGCCGAAGUCAGGUGCCGCAACGAGGAGCUCUAUAUGUUCCAGCCGCCCAAGGGCAUGUCGUGCAGUGAGUACGCCGGUGGAUUCGUCCAGAACUACAUUGGAUACCUGAACAACCCGAACGCCACCUCCAGCUGCCAGUACUGCCCGUACAAGGUUGGUGACGACUACUACUCGGCGCUGUCGUGGAACUUUGACCACCGCUGGAGAAACUUUGGCCUCCUUUUCGCGUACCUGGCAUUCAACAUUGCCUUCACCACGUUCAUGAUCAAGAUUUACAAGGUGAACAAGCGCUAGGUCUGCUCUAUACCUUUCCCGAAUUUCAACAUAAAUACCCUGAUAGAUUAUGACCAGGCCACUACAUACAGGCGUCUUGCAGUGCGUUACAUGAUGGGAUUUUGGCCAGCGGAACGGGAUUCACC